AUGAAAGCUUUCGAUGGGGCGGGGGAUUUCCUUCUCGUGAAUUGUGGGAUGAUGAUCAAAGAGGUUGGGGGGGGGGAGUGGGAGGAGGAGGAUUUGAAGAACGGGGAUAAUGAUGAUGAUGAUGAUGAUGAUGAUGAUGAUGAUGAUGAUGAUGAUGAUGAUGAUGAUGAUGAUGAUGAUGAUGAUGGGGAUAAUGAAGCUGAGACUGAGACUGGGGGAGAGUGUGUUGCUGAAGAUAUGAUGAAGACGAAGAUGAAACUGGAGGCAGGUAGAGGAGAAGGUGACGAGCAGCAGCAGCAGCAGCAGUGGGAGCGGGAUCUUGAGAGAGCGGUUGCUGUGCGUCGGGAGUUUGCUAAGGAUUGUGACUGGGGCUUGGGAGGUAGCAAUUUCAGGCGAAGAAGAGAAUUGUCCAACUGCAUAAUAGAGCUACUACAUAGCGAUUCCGAAUCUUAUGCCUAG